AUGGCGGUGGUGGGGCCGAGUAGCAGCGGAGCGGCGAGCAGGGACCUGGCCCAGCGCCGCCAGGGGCAGUCAUCGUUAGCGGUUGCUAAUGGGCCGAAGCCGAAGAUGUCGGAGUGGACUGGCGUGCGGUACCGCCGGUGGGACCGGUGGGCGGCGGAGAUCCGCGUGCCGCGCACCCGCUCCAGGCUGUGGAUCGGCACGUUCGAUCACGACCUGCAGGCAGCGCUCGCCUACGACGCCGCGAUUUUCUGCUUCUACGGCGAGCGGCUGCCCAGGCCGCGGAAGUUCAACUUCCCCGCCGCUCCGCGCCCCGACAUCCCCGAGUACGUGCGCGUCAGGCUCACCGUCGCCAACGUCAAGGCCAUCGCUGAGAAGUACGCACGCAGCUUCGCCGGCUACUUUCUGCCGCCCGUGCUUCCCGUAGCCGCACCUCUGGUGGCGGCGGCGCCGGCUGUUGUUGCUGCUGCCGGCGCGGGUGCAACUGUUACUACUGACCAUGGCAACACGAACGACAUGGAUGACGACGUCGUGACCAAUGCUGACUGCCUGCUCUCUCUCAGCCCCGAAGAUAUUGAUUCUAUGAUGGACUUUGUGUACUCCAGCGAGUACUGA